AUGACCCGUCAAGAAGCUCAGAGCGAGAAAGAUGGACCGCGGGGCGACUCCACGCAAGCUGCCGCGCCAUCAGAGCUGCGUCAGGAUCAUCUUCAGUCCGCUUCCUCUGAUCCUGUUGCAUCCCUUGUUUGUCAGCCGAGAAAGAGCAAUCUUUUCCACCGCAUCUCUUUCGGCCGAGCCCAAGGUAUCAAGGAGCUUGCAGUGAAGGGUCUUGACAAUCGCAAGCGCGCAGAGAAGGCAGACGUAAAGGCUCGGAAAGACGCGGCAUCGUGGGAGCGCAAGGCACGCAGAAACCGAGAAGAAAGGGAUCGAGACGAGAGAAGGAGGGCAAGCAGAGAGCGGGUCAAGCAAAACAAAAAGGACAAGGCGCUGAGGCAUGCUGAAGAGAAAAGAGUCGAGGACUAUUAUGGUAUACGUGGCUAUGACCCGAAUGCUGGAGUACUGCGCUCUAAUCGAGAGGGACCUAUGACGUGCGCGGAGCAGGGUGGGCAAACAUCCUCACGAACCCCUAAAAUGACGAUACCGUCGCAGUCUGACUCACCCCUGCUAAAGCUUCCGAGCGAAAUCCGCAACCUAAUAUGGCACCUUGUCUUCUCCGACCUCCAUGUCAUUCCAUCGCGCUCGGGGCCGCAGCUCGCACAAGAUGGCUGCCGAGCAUGCAUUAAUAUCGCCUGCAGUAAUGUAACCACGGGGGCCUCGACGUCCGAUCUCCCCUCGUGGCAGGAAGUCUUUCGACCUCUCCGUACAUGCAAGCAGAUCUACAAUGAAGCGCAGCACAUCCUGUUGUCAUCGUUCACAUUACAUCUAGGCUCACCACUAGGAGACCCUAUGCGGUCCAUCGUCCCGCAUCUCGCCCGGAUGAAGGACAGCGUCCGACGCCUGGAAUGGCGCGUCCACAUCCUGGGCGACAACCGUGUGGACUGGAUCGCCAGCAUCGGCAUCAUUGGCAACCUAUUCCCCGAGUUGGAGCAUGUGGUCAUCCACGCGCACAUGCGGCCACCAGAUAGCUACGAGAAGCUCAUAGACGGGAUCUACGUUGCGCUGCCAAUGGUCCGCCUGGCCAAACGCGAAAUGCCCAGUACUCAGCUCAGCAUCGACCUCGCGUAUAUCUACUCAGGUGUCAUGUUUGAAUCGCCAUUCAUGGGCGAAAUCACGACAGAAGAUGCUCUUGAGGAACACGAGCUUGUGCUCAAGGACGUGGUUGCCGAUGACGAGUUCAUCGCGUUGGCGCUAGCUCCGGAAUUGGACAUCCAGUCGAUGAUUGCGGCAUUGUUGAGAUGCGCCAGAGCACACGAGCAGGCGUGGUUCGAGAAGCUGCAGAGGAAGAGAAUCGCGAGGCUAAGAGAGAUGGAAGCCGCCCAGGCACAAUUAGCUGGUCUGGUAGGCGAGAUGGAUGAGCAACCUGGAGGAAGUUGA